AUGAUUCGAGGCAAGGAGGUUCUCCCUCCUCCCGUCGUCACCAGAACUGGGCAGAAAAGGCCUCCUCCACCUCCUCCGUCCAAGGGAAGCAGGGCAGUCGCAGCAGGCCCUCCCUUGCCACCAAGGAACAAGAGCCAAGCAGCGUCGUCUCCAGUUCCACCCGCGCUUCCUCCAAGAACACCAUCAGACUACAGUCGGUCGUCCAGUGAAUAUACUCCCUCGAGCGCAUCCGUAUCUUCGACCUCGUCCAGCGCAGAAGCCAAACCUAAUGUCUUCCGUGUUCGAGCCCCGGCGUGGGAUCAAACCGAGCUGCCCUGUGUCACACCGUGGAAAGGGAAAACCAAAGACACCAAGGAUGCUGGUAGCGAAAGGAAAGAAGAAGAGAUCAGUCAUCAGCCUGCUUCCGACGCCCAAGGGCUGAAAGGAAAUGUAGCAGCGUUACGGAAUCAAUUGGCUGGCCAUAAGAUCAUUGCUCCAGCUACGCCUCCUCCACCAAAGGCUGCGAAACCGAAACUUCCUCCUCGUAUGAACUCGACACCUCUCCCACAGGUGCAUCAGCCGCAGCAUUUCCAAGACCGGCCGCUGCUGGAGAGAGUCGAGUCGGCAUCCACUGCACAGAGAAAGCUACCUCCACCACCACCUCAGGGAGCCGACCUCCAAAAGAUCAAGCAGGUUUCAUUCUCAAGCCUGAACAAAACUGCCAAUGAAACCGCCAAGGAUAAUACAGGUUGUUUUGAUAACGUCAAAAGGAUUUCGCGUGCCCCUCCUCCAAUACCUCUUGCAUCGCGGCCAAAGCUGCCUCCCAUACCUACAAGCUCAAAACCCCAAAUUUGUUCUACAGCUCGUAGCAGUACAACUAACUCUACCAACGCAUCAACUAUAUGCUUUAAAUGCCGUGACUUUUCUGCUGCCGAUGCACACGCCGCUAGAUUUCCUCGCCAAUCUCUUCCGUCGCACGAUUUGGCCUGGCUAUCAUCCCAACUCACAUCUCCAUUCCCAUCACCGACGGAUAAAGCACGUGUGAUCUUUACAUGGCUACAUCACAACGUACGGUAUGAUGUAGAAAGCUUCUUCCAAGGAAAAAGAACGCCACAGUCCCCGGACCAUGUGUUCACCCAUGGGCUCGCCGUUUGCGCUGGAUUUGCAUCCUUAUUCGAAAUGCUGGCAAAAUAUGCUGGUUUAGAAGCCAAGGUGAUCAGCGGCCAUGGGACGGGCUAUGGUUUUAAACCGCUUGCCCCCGGGGCACCAAUACCCCCGUACGAAGGCAACCAUGCAUGGAAUGUAGUGCGCAUUGAUAAUGGACAGUGGAAACUAAUUGAUUGCUGCUGGGGAGCCGGACAUGUUGAGGGUGCGAAUAUGCCUUAUGUCCAAAAGUUCUCACCUAAACACUUUAUCAUGUGUAAUGACGAGUUUGGACUCGACCAUUACCCAGAGAAUGGGUCUGACUUUUACCGUGAAGACGGGCGUACAAACAUCACUUGGGAGGAAUAUAUAGGUGGUGGCCUGAGGGCUCAGAUGCACAUACCUACUGACCCUCCUACCCUGUUCGAUAAUGCCGUUGAAGACCACGGCAUCGGAAAAUAUACCCUUCAGCCUGAAAUGAAGUCCAUCUCCAUCAGAGAAGUGUCCGGACGCUCUGUACAUUUCCAGUUCGCCCUCAUCUGCGAGCACUGGUCUAUCGUUAAGCACGGUGGUAAGACAGCCGCAUCCUUCUUCGUCCUAGCUCCGCAUGGACUCGACGGUAGAGAAGACAAGUUUGUCCCAUUCAACCACGUCCGCGGUACUAAUGCUGGGGGAGGUGGCGAUUACUGGUAUCUGGACAUUCCCGACGGCAGGACGUUGGGUUGUGCGGGCCAGAAGUUGAUGAUAUUCGAGUUGACGAGCUUUGGGACCCGAACUGACCUGCGUGGAUUGACGAUGGCAGAGUAUGAACAGGGAGUCGGCAGAGUUGGGAUGGGCUUCAAAGCGCUUGCUGAAUGGACUCUUGUCGAGUAG